CCUCCUCCUCCCCCCCCCCCCCCCCUUGGCUUUCUGCUUAUCGUUCGUUUCUUUUCUUUUCUCCCCCCUUUCUUCUCCCCUCAAAACUAAACUUCUCUCCCCGCCAUUCUCUGUCAAUCACGGCUAUUCAGCCUCGGGGAGGACAGUUCUGCCCAUCAUGGAUCCCAACAACAAUCGUCUCCACCUGAAUUUCGGGUACAAUGAUCGCUCCUUCAACAACCCGGCUGCCAACAAUCGCGCUUAUCCCACCACCCCCUCCGCAUUCCCUCAGCCCAUCUACCAGAACCAGGGUGGCCAGGAAUAUGUCGAUGCUCAGAAUGGUGCCUAUGGCCAGGGUUAUUUUAUGGCCAACCCCUACCAAGCCCAGGGGGCCUACGCUCAGCAGCAACAGCAGCAGCAGCAGCAGCAGCAGCAGCAACAACAACAACAACAACAACAACAACAACAGCAACAACACUACGGCCAGAACAUGCAGUCCUCUCAAGCCGCAUACGGAUCCCGCAUGGGCUACAACGCCAAUGACGGGACGAAUGGCCUGAUUCAGCAGUUCUCCAACCAGGACCUGAACUCUCCCCGGUCGGGUUUCUUUGGUCGCGCAGCCUCUCCCGCUCAGCGACCCCGGACCGCUGGCUCCCCCGCCGCCGCACAACAGCAACCCGGCCAUCUGGCCCCUCCCAUGCCACGCAGCCCCCGGACCCCCGCCGAGAACGAAGAGCUUCAGCGCUACCCGGAGCGAUACUCGGAAAAUGUUCACAAGCGUGGUAAGGCGGCCAAGGAAUUGGUCAGUGUGUUUUUCAAUGAGAACAUUGAGCGCGCGCGCGACCGCAAUUUGCGGUCGGCGGAGCUUGAUAAGAUGAUUCGUGAUUCUGGCGUCCCUAAGGAUUCGAAGCGCAAGGAGGCGGAGGUGCUUGCGAAGAAGGAGUCGACUUUCUUGCGGUUCUUGCGUACCAAGGAGACGCCACAAAACUUCCAGACCAUCAAGGUCAUCGGAAAGGGUGCGUUCGGAGAGGUGAAGCUGGUGCAACGGAAGACCGAUGGCAAGAUCUACGCGCUGAAGUCGUUGAUCAAGACCGAGAUGUUCAAGAAGGACCAGCUGGCCCAUGUCCGUGCCGAGAGGGAUAUUCUGGCCGACUCUAAGGACAACCCGUGGUUGGUCAAGCUGCACGCUUCCUUCCAGGACUCGGCUUACCUCUACCUGCUGAUGGAGUUCUUGCCCGGUGGUGAUUUGAUGACUAUGCUGAUCAAGUACGAGAUCUUCUCGGAGGACAUUACUCGCUUCUACAUGGCAGAAAUAGUCAUGGCUAUCGAGGCUGUCCACAAGCUUGGUUUCCUUCACCGUGAUAUCAAGCCUGAUAACAUUCUUUUGGAUCGUGGAGGUCACGUUAAGCUGACCGAUUUCGGUCUCUCCACCGGCGGCAAGAAGACGCACGACAACUCAUACUAUCAGAACCUACUCAAGAACUCCACGUCAAAGGACAAGAACCGCAACUCGGGAUACUUCAAUGACGCGAUCAACUUGACUGUUUCCAACCGUGGUCAGAUCAACACGUGGAGAAAGUCUCGUCGCGCUAUGGCCUACUCGACCGUCGGUACGCCCGAUUACAUUGCGCCGGAGAUUUUCAACGGGCAGGGAUACACUUACCUGUGUGAUUGGUGGUCUGUUGGUGCUAUCAUGUUCGAGUGCUUGGUUGGCUGGCCGCCAUUCUGCGCCGAGGACACGACCGACACCUACCGUAAGAUCGUGAACUGGCGCGAAUGUCUGUAUUUCCCUGAGGAGCUUGUCCUCUCGCGGGAGUCGGAAGGUUUGAUCAGAAGCUUCCUGUGUGAUACCGAACACCGUAUUGGCAGUGAAGGCGGCCAAUUCGGCGGUGCGACCCAGAUCAAGAACCAUCCCUUCUUCCGUGGCGUUGUUUGGGAGCAGCUGCGCAGCAUCCGGGCGCCCUUCGAGCCGCGGUUGAGCUCGAAUAUCGACGUGUCUUAUUUCCCCAUCGACGAGAUUCCUCAGGAGGAUACCAGUGCCAUCCACCGCGCCCAGGCUCGGGCCAUGCCGGAAGAGCAGGAGGCGGAGAUGAGCCUGCCGUUCAUCGGCUACACGUACAAAGCCUUCAAUGCCUUCCAGGCAAACUAAGUUAUAGACGUGGAUAUUGCAUGUUUGUUGGUGAACCCACGAUAGACGUCAUUGAAGAGUCCGAAAGCGGGCGGGCUUGCAUUGAUGGAUUUUCAGUGGCGCACUCGGCAUUUCGUCUCGGUAUUACCACAUUGUGCAUCCGUUUCAUCGAGCAUAUAGCGCAUUUCAUCAUCUCUGUUGGUCACGACCCAGGCAUAUCCGUUUGAUUUCAUUGCAUCCUUGUCGCGAGACGACGACAGCUCGCUGCUAGCCGUGUAUGUAGCUAGGAAUUCGAGUGACAUGUGGAC